AUGAGGUUCAGUGCGCCACGAUCUACCUCCCCUUCGCCCGAGCGGAGAAAGUUAAAAUACGGAGUCCCUUCUGACGAAUUAGAGGACUCAGAGUCGUCUCAGUCAGAUGCGGAGUCGGCACAUAGCUCUGCAUCUUCGGAUUCAAUCUGGUACAAGUCAGAGUCGGAGGUUCCGCCCCCACCUCCGAGACCCAGCCGACCGAAGCGGAGCACCGCAGAACAGUACUACAUUGAAGAUACUAUAGCCUCUAUACGGCUGCGAGUAAACCAUCAUGACCCAUACGAGGAAUGGGAGAAAGAGAUCAAGCAAGAAUCAUUUCGCUUGGCCCGAACAGAGCAGUCGUUGAGCAAGGUUGAACGUCAUAAGAAACAGAGUCAAGCGCACAAGGCUGAAGCGAACAAACGCUCUGUGGUUCAAGAAAAACAGAUGCAGGCGAUACAGGAUCAUUUGGCUGCCUUGAAUAUUCGUCGGCAGGUUGGAGAGAAAGCCAUGGUUGAGGCGUGGAAAGAGCGCAACAAGAAACUUUGGGACGGCAUCGAGGCAGUGAUCAAGUCGGAAGAGGAGAAAGUCAGAAUCAAGCUCGAAGCUGAACGGAAAAAGCGGGAAGAGGAAGAGAGAAAGAGACAAGAGGAGGAAGAGCGGCGGCGCCAAGAGGAAGAGAAGAAGCGUAAAGAGGAGGAGGAACGCAUGCGGCAAGAGCAAGAGGAGGCGGAAGCGAAACGGAGAAGAGAAGAAGCCGAGCGAAUCAGACGAGAACGAGAACAGGCUGAAGCUAAACUUCGCGAGACGUUAGGUAUCACGACAGCGACCCAGGAUUGGUGUAGCGCCCGGGACAUGCUCAGAUUGCUUAAAGCGGGCCCGAUGGUGACUGUCAAAGCGAACCAAAAUCUCAAGAGCAUAUGGAGUGCGGGGCGGCGGGCAAUCAUCCCCAAGAUAGGCCAGUUGACGGAAGAUCCGCAGAACAUUUUACGUAUUUACGAGGAGAUUGUCGUAAUUCUUCGCCCCAAGACGCCGCAUCAUCAGACUGUGUAUUUCGCAUUACUGUCCAAUCUCGCGAAAGCUAUCUUCAUGCAAGCCGAGAUUGAGGUAACUGCGGAGAAACGCAGCGCCAUUCCUCUCGCACAACUCGCUGUCAGAUUGCUUGUCGGGAUCGAAGGCUUUGCAAAGAUUUUCUGGACUAAGCUCUGCCAACGCGCAGGAGGCUGGCCGGUCCCGUUUACUAUUCCCUCGGCGGACUCGGACGGCUCAACUUUCACUGCGGAACAACGCAAGAAAGCGAUGGGUUACCGCGAGGAAGAUACGUCCGUUGGGGAUUAUCUCGCCCGUAUUUCUGGCAUAAUGCGUAUCUAUUUCCUGAUCAUGGGUCAUAACCUGACGCAGCCUACGGAGGAGCCUCUGCACCUUGCCUAUCGUCAAUCGCGGUACUGGACAUACUUCGCGCGUAUGUUGAUGGAUCACCAGUUGAUGGAAGAUCCUGUAGCGCCUAAUGUGCUUCACGUGGCCCUGGAUGUUGGCGGGCUCGAGGCGCGCGAUAUCUGGGGACAGCAGUGGAUCAAGCUCCUCGAGCGACUAUACGAGUGUACAACAACGGGCAUACCUGGGACUAAUGGGCGCCUCCUUGGUGGAAGUAGUCCUGAAGGUACUUCUGCUCGAGUUAGGGUGCAAAUCGAGAUCGAGCGGAUCCUUAGUGCCCCAUAG